AUGUCGAUCAAGGCUUUCGCACUCUCAAUUCUGGCCGGUACAGCACUUGCCAGCCCGACCGGCCUUCAACGUCGCCAGGGAAGCCUCCUGGUGGGAAACAGUGUCAAUGGUGCUUUUCGGGAGGUGAACAUCACCGCUACGACGAGCAUUGGCAAUGCCAACUGCAAGCCCUUCUCUUUCGAUGGCCCGUUUGUAAGCAUGAUGUUCGGCAUGGCGGAUACCACCAUUGCGACCCUGAACAUCACUGAUGUCUCCGGGCAAUCUCAUUCCAUUGCUCCUGGUACCACCAAUGCCAACCUUCAAGGUUUCAACCUCGAGGGAAACGAGCGCAUCUCUAAGAUGACCCUUCACUCUGGCGACCCCACUUACGAACUUUUUGGCUUCGACUUUGCCAUCGAUAACGGUUUGAACAGCCGAGUGAGAACCAUGAAGGCGGCCAACGCCGACGGCAAGACGUCAUAUGAGCUUUCCACCGGCUCUGGCAUCAUUGCUCGCGUCAGUGGCAGUGCUUGCUCAGAUACCUCUGCUAUUGACGGGCUUGUGAUCAGCUACCUGGAUGACCUUGCCUCCAUCAGCGUCAGCAACAUCACGUAUGAUGGCUUUGUCAGCAACAUCAAGGAUGCAGGAAAGGGGAGCUCUUUGACCGUUGCGUCUCAAAUGCUUGACAACAGAAACUCGAGCAUUCAGCAGCAAAUUCUCUUGACCACCACUUCCGCCACUACGAGGUCCUACACAAUCACGACUGGCUCCGCUUACACCGUCGGAGCUUCGACGACCGUCGAGAGUAAGGUCGGCAUCCCGCUGCUUUCAGAAGGCAAGGCUUCUGGCACCGCUUCUUGGUCGUUGACCGAGUCCACGGACGAGCAGGAGAUGACGGGCGAGACUCAUACCCAAGCUGCCACCUUCCAGCUCAACUGCCCUGCCCGAACCGAUUGCGUCGCAGCUGCUACCUUCCUGCAAUUCAAGAUCGACGUCAACAUUAACGUUACUAUGACGGCCACCACGAAGUCAAAUGAGAAGUUCAAUUGGCAGUCCCUGGGCAAGUUCGAGGGUGCCGACAGCUUGGCGAUGAAGACUGUGGUCAAUGAGGUCGGCAAGGCCUAA